AUACUCGUCAAUAACACACAUAUAUAGAAUAUACUUAUCGCUGAUUGUUCCGCAACGCUAGGCUAAGUUCGGGAUCUUUAAAACUUUUGAAUGAUUUACUUAUAUACAUAAGUAUAAAUUUUACGAAACACUAAAACACAUCAGCUGACAGGAUUUUAAACUUAACCUCAAAGUGUCUGAUUCUAUUACACAGUGGGAAUACAAUGGUUUUAUAAUUCACUGACAAUUAUUCUGUUUUUUGUGAUUCUUUUGAUUUUGAUGACCGUGGAAUAACGCCUUUUAUCAGGACCAAGGAUAAUGCAGCUGCCUCGAAGUCUCGUCCAAAUCUCGUUGGUAGCUCUGUCGUGUCUUUCCUUGACGAGAGCUCUGAGCGAGGGAGAUCCUAAUGUAUGCGAUAAAACCGUAUCAUACACACAAGUGUACACCACGGCUACACAGGUGCCCUACCAGAAAUGUACACAGACAUGGUGUUCUAGCAUCUGGAAUUUAUUCCGAUGUACCCAGUGCUACACACUGUACAAGACCGGAUAUAAACAAGAGACACGGACCCUGUACCGGAAACAGUAUAACUGCUGUGACGGAUUUGUCCUCUCUACCGGACAAUGUAUAUACUGUCCCCCCGACACGUGGGGCCCUAACUGUCAGAGACAGUGUGACUGUAGCGGACACGGUCAGUGUGACCCAGAUUCAGGACAUUGCAUCUGUGCAGCAGGUUACACGGGAGAACGAUGCCAGACGAGGUGUCCCGAUGGCUCCUAUGGACCUAAUUGCCAGCUGAUGUGUCAGUGUCAGAACGGGGCCACCUGCAGCGCCACCAACGGAGCCUGCUUCUGUCCCCCGGGGUACCACGGUGGUCUCUGUGAAUCUCGUUGUCCACAAGGCUCUAUUGAUGCCCAUUGUAAUUCCACGUGUCAGUGUCAGAACGGGGCCGGAUGUAACACAGACACCGGAAGUUGUUCAUGUAAACCCGGAUGGAAGGGCGACAUCUGCUCAGAACCGUGUGAGGAGGGGUGGUACGGAUCUAACUGUGAUCAGAUCUGUAAUUGUUAUAACAACGCCACCUGUGAUCCAAAAACCGGAAGUUGUAUCUGCGGACCCGGAUAUGUUGGAGAAGACUGUACAGAGGAGUGCCCUAUUGGUUCGUAUGGAAUGUUUUGCUCAAAACAAUGUAAUUGUCAAAAUGGCGGGACUUGCGAUCAUGUGACCGGCCAUUGUCGCUGCGUACCGGGAUUUGUCGGCCCGACUUGUGAAAUCCGAGCAUGUGAUGACUGGAAAUUUGGAAGCGAUUGUAGCAAACCUUGUCGCUGUAACACAACACACGCUGACAGCUGUCAUCCGGGUACCGGAGAAUGCAUCUGUAGUCCAGGGUAUAACGGGUUUGACUGCAGUGAGACAUGCCCGGCGCCAUUUUACGGAGACAGAUGUGAGAAACAGUGUGAUUGUCAAAAUGGCGCCCUCUGUCAUCACGUGACCGGCGAAUGUCAGUGCGCGACCGGAUAUAUAGGAGAAAAAUGUAAUAAGACUUGUUCAAAUGGUUGGUUCGGCAAGGACUGCACCCAACCUUGUCCUUGUGAAAACGGAGGAAAAUGUCACUUCCAGAGCGGCAGGUGUAACUGUUUGUCAGGUUUCACAGGACCACUGUGUAACGAGCUUUGUGAUUCUGGUUACCAUGGUAACAACUGCAGUGAGAGGUGUGAUUGCCGGAAUGACGCGUACUGUAACCCUAGAAACGGACGCUGUUUGUGUCGUCCUGGUUACGUCGGCGACACCUGUGACACGGAAUGUCAGAGGUGGACCUUUGGUAAGGGUUGCGCACAAAGGUGUGAGUGUGAUCCUAUAAAUAGUAACGGAUGUGGGACCGAGAACGGGGAGUGUUUCUGUCAGCCCGGCUGGUACGGUGUGAAUUGUAAGAGUAAAUGUGAAAACGGAAAAUGGGGAGAGAACUGUGAUAAAACAUGCACAUGCUUCAACAAAGGGUCAUGUGACCAAGAAGAUGGAAGUUGCGUUUGUCCUCCUGGUUACCAAGGACCACAGUGUCUGAAAGCUUGUAACGAAGGUUUCUAUGGAAACAGCUGCCGUUUCCAGUGUCAAUGCGGGCCAAACCAGACGUGUGAUCACGUGACUGGUCAAUGUAUUUCUACCACCUGUCCUGCAGGAUUUACCGGUCAGAUCUGUCAGUAUGUUUGUCCUUCCGGUAGAUACGGUAUCCGGUGUAACGAGACGUGCCCGGAUUGUCAGAAUCAUGGCGUCUGUCACUCUACAGACGGCUCAUGUAUUUGUCCCAUGGGGUUCUACGGAGCAACCUGUAACAAACCCUGCCCAGACGGUUUCUAUGGAACCGCAUGUAAAUCUAAAUGUUCAUGUGAGAAUGGCGGGAAUUGCAGUAAAGUUGACGGAAGUUGUGAUUGUGCUUCCGGUUUCAUUGGUGUCAGCUGUUCACAAAGUUGUCCGGAGGGAUUUUAUGGAAAACACUGCAGUAAUACAUGUGUCUGUAAGGGACUAGAAUUUUGUCAUCCGGCCUACGGUUGUAUCAGUCAACCAAAUAUUGCAAAAAUAACAAACAGUGAGGAGAAAGGUUCAGCCAGCGGACUGGUUGCCGGAAUCACUGUGACCGUGAUUAUUCUGACACUUAUAAUCGUCAUCAUGGUUAUCUACUAUAAAAGACGCAUGGGUCGCCUUAAGUCCGAGAACCGAGCUGUGAUGCAGUAUAUUCAGUCAACAGAGGGUGCUGACGCAG